AUGGCGGGGACAUCGAGGCAUGACCGAGAGAUGGCAAUGAACGCUAAGAAGCAGCUGUCAGUGUGCUCCAACCCUGUGGAGAGGCUGAGACUGCAGUGUCUGGCCAGAGGCUCCUCAGGCAUCAAGGGCCUCAGCAGAACUUUCAAGAUAAUGGAUGAUAACAACAACCGCAGCCUGGACUUUAAGGAGUUCAUGAAAGGGUUAAAUGACUACGGGGUCCUGAUGGAGAAAGAGGAGGCCAUGGAGUGUUUUCAACAGUUUGACCGAGACAGGAACGGGACGAUUGACUUUGAUGAAUUCCUCAUCACUCUAAGGCCGCCGAUGUCUAAGGCCAGAAAAGAAGUGGUCAUGCAAGCGUUUCGUAAGCUUGAUAAGUCAGGUGAUGGUGUGAUCACCAUUGAGGAUCUAAGGGGUGUUUAUAAUGCCAAAUACCACCCUAAGUACCAGAACGGCGAAUGGACUGAGGAUCAAGUGUUCCGGAAAUUCCUUGACAGCUUCGAUUCACCUUAUGACAAAGAUGGGAAGGUCACAAAAGAAGAGUUCAUCAACUAUUACUGUGGCGUGAGUGCCUCUGUGGACAAUGACGUCUACUUCAUUCUCAUGAUGAAAAAUGCCUGGAAGCUCUGACUUUUACUAAAUCAUGAACACAAAACUGUCAUCCAUUUUCCUGAUGACACACCUUGUGGCCUUACAUUGAUCAGGAUGUGUUGGUUUUCACCAUUAUGUACUCUUUGGGUAAGAUCUGACAUUGCUACCAGCUGUAAUUCAUUGUUUUUAGAUAGGGAAAUCAAGUUUCCAAGAACAUAGCAAUGAUAAGUACCAGACUUACAAACUCCUUUAGUACUUAUUGAAUACAUGCAGACUGUGUUUAAGUGUUGAAUUGUAAUAAAUAUUAGCUCAAACAGAGGUUUAUAUGUGAUGUGGAAGAACACAAAGAAACAGUAUGUUUUCAUAUCAUUUUUUUAUUAUACAUUGAUAUACUACACCCAAGA